AACCCGCCACAAGUUAUCCCAUUAGCAUUCUGACACAGUGUCAGGAAGUUCCUUGAAAGCCUGAUCCAUCUAUUUCAUCCAGAUUAUUCUUCUACCAACACCUGAUGACAGUCUGUAAUCUUUUGUUGGGUAUUUUUUUUAAUUUCUUUGCCAACACUUUCCUAGUAUUUCACCUACUUCCUUCCUUUUUCUCACUAUAUAUGACCUCAUCACGAACACUCAUUUGAGUUGCCAAAGUUCUGAGUUCCCUUAAUAGCUUUUACGUUUCUCUCUCAAGUUUGUAUAUUUUCUGCUGAUAAAAUGAAGUCUGUGUUUGUUGCCUUCCUUCUCGUUUCUCUUUUUCUUACUUCUUCUGUAUUUGAGGUUUCAAUGGCUGGUUCAGACUUCUGUGACUCAAAGUGCUCGGUAAGGUGCUCAAAAGCAGGAUUGAUGGAUAGGUGCUUGAAGUACUGUGGAAUAUGCUGUGAAAAAUGCAACUGUGUUCCAUCUGGUACUUAUGGGAACAAGGACGAGUGCCCUUGCUACCGUGACCUGAAGAACUCCAAGGGCAAAUCAAAAUGCCCUUAAAUUUACUCAACGAAAUCGAGUCUACUUAGUUGUGGGCUUGUAUGUUUUGAGUGUUGGACCCCUUAAAGACUGUGAGUAAUGUCACCUCAAUGUAUAAAGAAUCCUAGCUGUAAUACAAGAGAAUAACUGCGGGUCCGUUUGUUAAUGUUAUGGUUAUGUUUAUUGUUGUAUAUUCCUUGUAUUAUAUAUACGAAUGCAUAUGACUAUUAUAAAA